AUGGGCAAUAAUUGUGUUUCAGACAGUGAUUCAUUAAUUAAUGAAGACACACAAGCUAAUUUCAAUAAAAUAGACUCCAGACCUGGAAUUUACGCAGUAACACUUACAGCAAAUAAAUGCUUGGAGAACAUUUCAAUUAUGUCUUCCCCAGACUCUGCCUAUCCAAUCACUUAUAUGGAGAACAUGGAUGUGAUUGCAUUCAAAGGUCAUAAAUUUGCGAUUCUUUAAAAAUAUAGUGUUUAUUAUGGCGAAAUCAAUUAGAAAUACUAAAAGAAUGGCAAAGGAAAACUUUAUUUAUAGGAUGUGGACAACAAUGGAAACUAAAAGUUAGUUGUGAUGAAAGGAAUGUUUAUAAAUGAUAAAUAUUAAGAACUAGGACAAACUUCUCUCUGUGGGGAAUGUUUGGAUGAAACUUCUGAUUCCAAAAUCACAGAAGCAUAAGAUUCAUAGAAAUCGAUUAUCUAGAAUAAUAAUUAUAAAUAUAACAAGUUAAUAAAUGACAAAGACUUAAAUUCUAUUACUGAUAAAAAUUAACUUAGACCAAAUAUCGUUAAUGGAUAUAUCUAAUAUCUCUUAUAGCUUGAUGAAUAAUUGUAUUGGAAUACUCCUCCUUAAAAGAGAGAAAAAUUUUAGAGAACUAUCAUCUUCUAGAGCACAUCUUCUUUGGAAGACUGUGACAAAUUUUAAUAACUAAUUAAAUAAUUCAGAUUUGUUAAGUUUUGGCUAAUCUAUUAAAAAAUUGGAUUUGUAAUAGAACAUGAUCACAACCAUUGGUAUUUCGUUCAAGUAUUAAUUACUGAAGACGAAUUCAUUAUCUAUGUAUAUGAUUCCAUUAAAUGCAGUAAGCCAUUUUAUGAUAACAUAAAACACAAACUUACUAAACUCUUCUAAAAAUUACUGAAUCAUAAACUCGAUCCAAAUCUAGUUAUUAAAGAAAAUAUUCCUUAAUCUUACAACACCUACGAUAGUGCAGUCUACACUUGCAUAUUUGCAAGAAUGCUUAGAUGCAAUUGUAGAAAUAAAUAGCUUAGCAUGAAUCCCUCGUAAAUGAGAUCAGACUUACAAAAACUAUUCCUAAAUUGA